CGGCAUAACGACGCCAUGCAAACAUAAACAACCUCCCCUCCCCUCCCCUCCCUCAUGGACACCCCAAGCUGGGCCCUUCAGCCCCCGUACCAGUCCCUGGAUCCCCCGGACUCAUCCCCCUCCCCCUCCGCCGCCGCCGCCGCCCUUCGCGGCGCCUGCCACUGCGGCCGCAUCACCUACCGCCUCUCCCGCGAUGCGCCCCUUGACUCCAAGUACUGCCACUGCCGCGACUGCCAGGUUCUUCACGGCGCGCCCUUCCAAUGGGCCGCCAUCUUCCACAAGGCUGACGUGGCCUUUGACCGCGGCGCGGUCGCCGGUCUGCGCUUCUACCAUUCGCCCUCCAAGUGCGCCGAGCACGUUCUGCCCUCCAAGGUCGCGUGCGCCCAUUGCGGAAGCUUGAUCAUGGAUGAAGGGCGCAACAUGGUGUUGCUGUUCCCGACGCUGCUGCGCUUCGAGACGAAGGAGCAGCGUCGCAAGUUCGACGUCAAGUGCCAUAUCUUCUAUCCACAACGUGUGGUUAACAUCCCCGACGGAAAGCCCAAGUGGGCAGGGUUAGACCAGAAGUCUGAGUUAGUAAAGGAGGACUAGGGAAGCAGAUGCGUAUAGGUCAGUUCCGUCUGGUGGUCAGGUAUACACCAGUAUGGCGCACGCGGCGACAAGAUGAGCUAGAUUUGGCCACAGAUUAAUUUGCCAUUGUACAUGCAAAUCUCAGCUCAUAGGACUAGGCAUGUGAGAUUGCUCGUCAC